UGGCUGUCUGGUCGCCUUAUGACAUCACAGCGACAUGACUUUUAAGUUUCCAGUUCAGCAAGGCUCCGGCCUUCCAGGCCCCGAAGGUUAAAGGCUUUCAAUGGGAGAGAGCCGGGACUGGAGGAAGCCACACGACUAGGUCUCUGCCAUCAUGCCCACAACUCGUUGCCUCCGGUCCGGUCCUCCGAUCCUGCGACAGCAGGCGAAAAGAUGCGCGCGGGCACAAUGACACCCGCGAGCAAUAAGCUCCCCGCCAUUUCCCAGCAGCACCAGCGGGGUCUUCCGGGUGGACCCCUACCUCUGCUGAUUGGCUGGAGGUUGCCGCCACGUGAUCCAGAAACGGAUUCGGCCGCUGCUUUUCCCACCCCUUGAUGUCCCCCUCCCCACUCCCAAGGUCGCUGGAGGCGGAGGGCAGGUUUCCUAGGCAACCGCAGCUGGUCGCGUAUACACACCAGGCCCUGGAUUAGAGAGGGUGUCGUGCCUGCUGUUGCAAGAUAGGGAUUAGGAAAUCGGAGUGGACUCUGCUCUGUCUCGGAUUGCCCUGGAAUCCAUCCUCUUUCUGGGAUAAGGUAUAAACUCAGACUAAAUGUGCACUAAUGUCUCUUAUGAUAAAAAUGUUCAGGGAAGCACCAUUUAACUCCAAACUGGAGACAGUCCGAAAGUCUACUAACAGAAUGAAUAAAUGGUUUAUUAUAGUCUUACUUUUGAAAAUAUAUUAUGACCUUUAUUUUUAAUGGAAGAUGAUUGAAUGUGAAAACCUAAACCAAGAAGAAAUAAUUAAGGAACUGUGUUUAUGCAAUGGUUUGUCUUACGAGAUGGUUGGACAAGAAGGAUCAGACAUUUCAGAACUGGAGAUGUUUUUCUCAGGGUAUCCCCGUAUAGUUGGAUUAUCAUUAUUUCCUAAUUUAACGAGUCUCACCAUUGUUGCUCAAGAUAUAAAGGAAAUAUCAGGACUAGAAACUUGUUUACGGCUUAAAGAACUUUGGAUUGCCGAAUGCUGCAUAGAGAAAAUUGGAGGUCUUCAAGAAUGUAGAAAUUUAGAAAAAUUGUAUUUAUAUUUUAAUAAAAUUUCCAAGAUAGAAAAUUUAGAGAAAUUAUUCAGAUUGGAAGUUCUUUGGCUGAACCACAAUACAAUUAAAAAUAUUGAGGGCUUGCAAACUUUGAAGAAUUUAAAUGACCUCAACCUUGCUGGAAAUUUAAUAAGCAGCAUUGGUCGAUGUCUUGAUCCCAAUGAACAACUGGAAAGAUUAAACCUUUCUGGUAACCAAAUAUGUUCUUUCAAGGACCUCACUAACUUAACCAGGCUGCGUCACUUAAAGGAUUUAUGUCUGAAUGAUCCUCAAUAUAAAACCAAUCCAGUUUGUCUGCUGUGUAAUUAUUCCACACAUGUAUUAUAUCACUUGCCUAGCCUUCAAAGACUUGACACGUUUGAUGUGUCAGCAAAACAGAUCAAGGAACUGGCAGAUACCACAGCAAUGAAAAAAAUAAUGUAUUACAAUAUGCGUAUAAAAACUGUUCAGAGGCAUCUUCAUGAAGACCUUGAAAAAUUGAAUGAACGAAAAUGCAAAUUACAGAAAUUGCCAGAAGAAAGAAUAAAAUUAUUUAGCUUUGUGAAAAAAAAUCUGGAACGGGAACUUGCGGAACUCAAGGGAUCUGGCAAAGGGCACAGUGAUAGAUCCAAUAACAAUAAAGUAGCUGAACUUGAAAAAUCAAAGAAGUGUGAAACUGUCACAGAAGAGCCAAAUCUUCAACAGAAGAUACUGACCAAACUAAAUGCCUUGAAUGAAAGGGUAACAUUCUGGAACAAAAAACUAGAUGAGAUUGAAGCAAUUUAUCAUGUUGAAGUAAAACAAAAGAAGAAAAGCCAUGGCUUAUGGAUCCCAUUUUUGUUAAUUGAGUUGGAAACUGUGGGAAAUAUCCACUUUGAAGAAGGCACUCGAUCUGAUGACUGGUUUAACUCCUGCUAUGAACUAAUUCUCUCACGUUUUUGUACCUGGGACUUCAGGCCAUAUGGUAUUACUGGAGUGAAAGUAAAACGUAUCAUCAAAGUUAACAACCGUAUUCUGAGACUAAAAUUUGAAGAGAAACUCCAGAAGUUUCUUGACAACGAAGAUAUGCAUGAUUCAGAGAGCUAUCGAAAGAUGCUGGAAUGUCUUUUUUAUGUUUUUGAUCCUGAAGUUACAGUGAAGAAAAAACAUCUGCUACAAAUACUUGAAAAAGGAUUCAAAGACAGUGAAACGAACAAGCUGCCUCUCAGAAAAGAAGCUGUUAUUCUCGCUAACAGCCUAAGUAUGUGUGAGUGUCCCAGAAUUGAAUUUCUGCAGCAAAAGUACAAAGAUGAGAAGAACUCUCCUGAGCAGGAGCUCUUCAGGCAUGGCAUCCUCCUCAUUACAAAGGUUUUCCUUGGCCAGAGUGUUCAGGCUCGUGAACAGGACUCCAUCAAUCAAGCUAACUAUCCAAUGGUUAAUUCAGUGUUUGCUCCUCGAAAAUAUUUACUAAAUUCUAUCAUGGGACAGAGAAACUGUGAUUGCAGCAUUCGGCAGUGCAAGUGGUUUGUCUUUGAUCAUGAUCUUGUUUUGCCAGAAUACAUCGUUGAAUUUGAGUAUAUUACAAUGGUAAAGCCUCACUCUUUAUUUUCUUCAUUCAACAAUGUUAUUCUAGAAGAAAGCAAAAAAAAUUCAGAAGGAUCAUUACUGUCUCAGGAUUUGCAAUUUGAUGAUGAAGUUAUAAAAAUGGAUCCCAGGAUCAAGCCCAGACCAAAACUUAUUAAUUUGGAUGAUAAAACAAUACUUUCCCUUGCCAAGACUAACAUUUACAGUCAUAUUGUGAGUCUGAAUCUACAUGGAAACAGCUUGAGUAAAUUGAGAGAUCUCUCCAAGUUAACAGGACUUCGAAAACUUAGUAUCAGCUUUAAUGAAUUUACCUGUUUAGAUGAUGUAUACCACUUGUAUAACCUUGAAUAUUUGGAUGCAAGCCAUAACCAUGUGAUAACGCUGGAGGGAUUCAGAGGUCUGAUGAAACUCAAGCACCUAGACUUGAGCUGGAAUCAACUGAAAAAGUCUGGUGAUGAAAUAAAUAUGUUAUGCAAACACACUGCAAGCCUUCUUACUCUUGAUAUUAGGCAUAAUCCAUGGCAAAAGCCAGCCACAUUAAGGCUGAGUGUUAUUGGCAGAUUAAAGACUCUCACUCAUUUAGAUGGACUCCUCGUUUCUGAAGAAGAAACGAUAGCGGCAAUGAAAUUUAUUACUGGAACAAAGAUUACUCAGUUAUCGCUCUUACGGCAUUCUAGUACUAAAGAGGAGAGACCACGGACACUUAGUAUAUGGCCUUCUGCCAAAAUUCUGACACAGAUUUCAAAGUUGGGACCACACUUACAUGUGAAUGGAAACUGGUACUUGAAGAUAACUGCUUUAAAUUUAGAUGGGCAACAUCUCUUUGAAAUCACAAAUUUAGAAAAAUUGGAAAAUUUGAAAUGGGCAUCAUUCAGCAACAAUAAUCUCACUAAAAUAGAAGGCUUGGAAUCCUGUGUUAACUUGGAAGAACUCACGUUAGAUGGAAACUGUAUCUCAAAGAUAGAAGGCAUUUCCAAGCUGACUAAAUUAACCCGCCUCAGCAUAAAUAAUAAUCUUCUCAAUGGUCUGGAAAAACAUACUUUUGAUAACAUGCUUCAUCUUCACUCCCUUUCUCUUGAGAACAACAGAAUUACUUCAUUGAGUGGUUUACAAAAAGCUUUUACUCUGAUUGAAUUAUACAUAAGCAAUAACUAUAUUGCUCUCAAUCAGGAGAUCUAUAAUUUAAAGGGUUUAUGCAACCUGGUCAUUCUCAACAUGUAUGGAAACAUUAUUGUAUGGAAUCAAGAAAACUACCGGUUGUUUGUAAUAUUUCACCUUCCAGAACUGAAAGCUUUGGAUGGAAUCUCCAUUGAACCACCAGAGACUGAGUGUGCAAAAGACUUGUUUGGUGGCAGACUUACUUCUGACAUGAUUGCAGAACGACAAGGACAUUCAAACUUCACCCAAAUGCAAGAACUCAGUUGGACUUCAUCAUCCAUCAGAACUGUGGAUUUGAUUCCAGUUGACCAAUUUAGAAAUGUAUGUAAUGUGAAUCUACAAAACAAUAAUCUCACCUCAUUCAGUGGAUUAAUCUAUCUGCCUAAUGUGAAGGUCUUAUGCCUCAACUAUAAUCAUAUUGAAUCAAUCAUGCCCAGACUAAAACCUCAGACUCACUUGACCAACAGACAGCUACUCUACCAGAAAGUGCCUUCCAGUGGCUAUGGACAACAAGGAACUUCAAAAAUAAACAGAGAUACAACAAACAGUGAAAAUUUGCCUCCAAUAAUGCAUAGUUUAGAAGUUCUUCAUUUGGGCUAUAAUGGAAUUUGUAAUUUAAUUCAGCUACAGCUUAAUAGACUAAGAAAUUUAAAAUUCCUCUUUCUACAAGGGAAUGAAAUCAGUCAAAUUGAAGGGCUUGACAAUUUAGUAGUCCUUCAAGAAUUGGUAGUGGACCAUAACCGCAUCAGAGCACUUAAUGACAGUGCCUUUGCCAAACCAAGCUCUCUGUUGGCACUUCAUCUGGAAGAAAACAGACUACGAGAGCUGAGCAAACUACAAUCUUUGGUAAAACUUGAGAAACUCUUCCUAGGAUAUAAUAAAAUCCAGGAUAUGACAGAACUGGAAAAACUUGAUGGUAUCUCUUCUCUCAGAGAGCUUACAGUUUAUGGCAAUCCAAUUUGCAGAAAAACACUACAUCGCCACAUGCUCAUAUUUCGGCUGCCUAACUUACAGAUGUUAGACGGAAUUCCUGUGAAUUCAGAUGAUAGGGCAAAAGCUGAAUUUCAAUUCUCUGAACUACAAGCAAAGAAAACUUCGCUCAUUCCUGUUACCAACUGUCCAAUGGAUGGUGGGUCAUUUGGCCAAGUGAAAGCUCCUCCCAUGAAGAUAACAAAUGUAAUUCUGCCUAGUGGAUUUAGCCAUUACUUGAGAUCUGACUUCACUUUAACUCCUGAAGCUGAAGACAAAAAAAACAAGAAUGCAGGGACUCUGACAAAUAAUCCUCGGAGCAUCCAUGCAGAGAUAGCUUUUCGGCAACUCAGAGGAAUAGAUCCCUCUCCGUCUCUUUUAUCACAUCAGAAUAUGACAUCUCCAACUACACAAAUGUACCAGAGCAACCCAGAUGAGGGAAGGAAUUACAAACUUAGAAGACUUCAGGGACCUGCCAAAUAUGAAGGAGACCAGAUAUAAGAAAAAUUCACAGCCAGAAAUAUAAUCAACUGCACUUUCACUGAAAUAAAAUGUGCUAGUUUCCAUUUGCCCUCCCAUAUCUACUUUGCACCUUUUUCCUGAUUUGUGACUCUAGAGAAUGACUCAUGGACAACAUCAACCAGGGUUCUUGUUCUAUCUGGCAGUUGGGUUAGCCAAUGGAAGACACUGCAGUACAUCAAAGAGAGUAAGAAUGAAUAAAAUUUAGGCUUUAGUAGUAACUGUAUUCCUUUACAAGGGCCCCAGCUCCUCUUGCGCUCUCCUAAAACUUUCUGGAUUCUCACAAACUCCCACCUCUUACACUUCAGGCCUGAGGCUGUUGCAGAUUCGUAAUGUAUCACCAAUGCUGGUCUUUUAUGAUUACUCAUCUGGUUUGAAACUGACACCUG